GUAUUCAGUUUAUUUUUAUCCAGUACAAACUAAGGGCGCACUCUAACUCCGAGGCGGUCACUCAAGAUGGCGACGACAGCUAACAAGAAGAAACAGAAGAAGCAGAAGGGCAAGACCCUUGCGCUGACCGAUUUCCUGGCUGAUGACAAAGGAGGUUCGGGACCCGGAACCAGCUAUGUGCUGGCCAGCAAGCCCCUGGACUGGGCAUCCGAGAUGGAAAACAUGGACAAUACUGAUGAUGUACCAGAAAUUGAGUAUGGUACGAGAUCCCACUUCGACCGCUCAGUCCUCCCAACUGCCCCAAAGGCUGCUCGGGGGCCUGAUGUGGACAUGGAGAAGAUUCCCAACAGCCCUCCCUUCACGGCAUUCAUUGGAAACCUCGCCUAUGAAGCCAGCGAGGACAGGAUUCAUGAGUUCUUCAAGAACCAAAAGGUGGCAAACGUGCGGCUGCCCACUGAUCAGGGACGUCUACGAGGAUUUGGUUAUGUGGAAUUUGAAGAUCGUGAAUCUCUUAUUGAUGCACUUACAUUAAAUGACUCGGUAUUCGCAGGGAGGAAAAUCCGUGUUGACUUGGCUGGACAGAACCAACAAGGAAAUGAUCGUGGAGGAGGAAUGGGUGGCUCUGAUUAUCGCCGAUCAGCUGACGAACCUGACCGCACUGAUUCCAAUUGGAGGAGGAGAGAGCCAGGCAGUGCUCCUGAACGUCCAGCUUUUGACCGUGGAGGUGAUCGUGAUGGUGGUCGUGGAUUUAGUGGCCGUGAUGGGGGAAGAUUCGGUGAUCGAUAUGGAGAUAGGGAUGGUGGUCGAUCUUUUGGCGACAGAGAUGGUGGUCGAUCUUUUGGCGACAGAGAUGGUGGUCGUUCUUUUGGCGACAGAGAUGGUGGUCGUUCUUUUGGCGAUAGAGAUGGAGGACGUUAUGGCGACAGAGAUGGUGGCGGUGGCGGUGGACGCUUUGGCGACAGGGAUGGUGGUCGUUCUUUUGGCGAUAGAGAUGGUGGUCGUUCUUUUGGCGAUAGAGAUGGUGGUCGUUCUUUUGGCGAUAGAGAUGGUGGUCGUUCUUUUGGCGAUAGAGAUGGUGGCGGACGGUUCAGUGACCGAUAUGGAGAUAGGGAUGGGGAUAGGUAUGGAGGCAGGAGCCGUGGGUUCUCUGAUCGGGAUGGCGGUAGACGAGGAUUUGGUAGCGGGUUCCAAUCAAGGGAGGAAGGCGGAGGAUUCAGCGAUAGGUAUGGAUCGAGAGGCGGGGAUCGACCUAACAGUAGAGAAACUAGUCAAGAGGCCCCCAAGGAGAGGCCCAGACUCCAGCUGCAGCCAAGGUCAAAGCCGUCAGACCCUAAUGGCGCUGAGGAAAGAAAAUCCUCGAUUUUUGGCUCCGCAAAACCAGUGGACACGUCUGCUCGUGAGCGUGAGAUUGAGGAACGCCUGCAACGUGAACGUCAGCUGAUAUCACACAGAUAUGAUGAAGAGAAAGAGAACAGGAAUUACGAUAAUAGACCUGCAGGGAAUCGGACUCGGCGAGACAGUGACCGCUCAGAUGGAGGUAGUAAACGUGAAAGACGUCUUAGUAGCAGCUCUGGGAAAGGAGUCCGACCAGGCCCUCCUCCAGUUACAAGCCAGCGGUCUCGCCGUGAUAGUGAGCUGUCCAAUCAUUCUGAUGUCUUUAAUGAUGACAAGGAAGAGCCCAAGCCAGCCACGUCUCCAAAGAAAGAGGAUUCAUCCAAACUGGUAGAUGCACCUCCUCCUAAGGAGAACGCUUGGUCCAGACGGCCACCAUCACAUACGUCUCCAUCAUCCCAAUCUUCAGAACCCAGGUCACCAACUUCAUCAGAUCCGGGAACGUCUCCUGGAUCUAACCAGUGGAGUAAAGGUCGCCCUGAACAGCGUCAAGAUAACGCCCCACGGGACAAUGCUUGGGGUAAAAGGCAGGACAAUGACUCAGACAACAGAGGGCCGGGUUAUUCGGAGAGGGGCCGUGGCCGAGGUCGAGGAAUGGGCCGAGGUGGUGAAAGGGGGCGUGGCUCCGAUAAAAAAGGAGUCCGAGAAAAGCACAUCCCAAAGUCGAUAGAAGAGAUGCCAAAAUUUGAAGAAACUAAAAAAAAGGACUGGUCAGAUACAAACAAAUAUUCAUUUCUCAUGGAUGAAGAAGACAAGGACUCGACAUAAUUGAUGACAUAAUGUUGUUCAGCAAGCAACUCAGCAUAUGACAUGUGUCAGCUUGACUAUGGAAUCAAAUCGCGAACUACCAGCAUCAACAUAUCUUACAAUUGUCUACUGGUGUGAAAAUAGUUUUUUUUAGAUAAAACAGUUGCAAAAGUUGUAAAGACUGUAAUUGUUACUUGCUCCUUUGACUUGAUGAAGUGUGAAAUCAAUUAUCAUUACAACAUAAAAUUUUGACAUGUGUCUAUUAAGUGUGAACAGGGUAAGAGAUAGCGUUGAGUAUAUUCAGGAUGGGAAAGUUGAGAAAAAUAUGUGAAUGCUGUUAGUUAAAUGAAAUGAAAUAUUUUCUGAAAUUUCAUAUUUUUUAUGAAAUACUUGGAAAAGUAGAAAAAAAUGUGUAAAGUUCAUAAUGUAGAACAGACGAGAACUAACUGUGAGAUAAAGUGAUUUGGUUGAGAAAUGUUCACAUAACGGUACUGCCCUGUAUUCUAGUAGACCAUGCAAAGAUGGAACAUUGGACAUAUUAUUGAAUUCAGGUUCCAUCUGUAACCAUGGUAACUGUUACUGUUAUUUGCUUUUCUGAAGUAUUAAUAAUAAAUUUGUUUUAAUAUAUUGUUCAAUUUCAAAUUUCUGGAAAUUUUAGAUUGCAUGAUUCAGACUUAAUUCCAUGUUCAUUGUGUAUGUAUCUGUGUCGGACAUUGGUCCAUAAUUUGAAGUAAGUGUUGCCUUUGAUCAUUAGUGUUACGACCUUGACAUUGAAUAUAUUUUGAGAAGAACUGUUUAAGCUUUCCCCCACCAAGUAGCCGCCCUUGGUGUCUUCUAUUCUUCAUUCAUACCUAUUUUUCUGGUAUAUUUGAAUUCAACAUAUUGAUGUCUCAUUGAACCAUCCACUAACUAUGGUCACGAAGGUUUUUCUUUGCACCUUCAGGACGUAACGUCCUGUUUAUCAUAAUCAUAUUGUAAUGGGAUGUUGUGUCCAUAUUUGUGUAAGAUUGUCCCCGUUUGUAAUUACAAGGUUUCCUUUUGUUGGCAUUUGUACAUGAGCUUUGUGACAAACUUUGUCCAUUACUUGUUGUUGUAGGGAGAUCGGAACUUCCUCGGUCUAAUAUUGUACAUCAUUAACCUCUGAUGCUGUACAUCUGCACAGCACUGAAUCAAUCAUUUUCUAUGGAUGUUAUAUCUCAGGUAGGAGAUAUGGAGAAUCUAUGAACCACGAUGUCAGCCAAUAGCUAGACUUUGUCAAUACAGAUGUGGAAAACUGGAUAUAUUCCCUGUGGCUGAUCAGUGUUGGAGAAGACACUCAAAGAUGCUCUCCUGCAAUUUGAUUCGUUGAUCCAGCAUACUCCUCAACUUCAUAUUCUCUACAUGCUGUGUAAGCCAUAGCACCUUAUGUACAUGCUAUAAAAGAUAUAGCACCCUGUGUAAAUGCUAUAUAAGUGAUAGCAGCCUACAUGCUAUUUCGCCCUACUGUCUGUAUAAGUCUGGUCAUGAUUAUGGAUGGUCUAUGUGAAGAUAUCUGACGUAGCUAGUGUUUAUCUAAACAAUAUUCUUUAUUAAGGAAACAUGAAUUGUUUUUGUAAAUAACUGUUAACUUUCUCUGCAGAUUUCCCACAACCGUGAUUUCUUGUUAAUUCUAACAGAAACAUAAUCCUUCUCUCUUGUCUGCAGCUGAAACACACAUGAAGAUUUUUGUCCAGUUGACAAAUUCAGAAAUUCUGACAGAUUUCAAGUUUGAAGAUAGAUCUCUGUCUCUAUUUUGUAGUGUUUGCCUAAGAACCAAUGUUUGUUUCAUCUUAGCCUCGGUAUUUCAAUACUUUGAUAAUGUAAGUAUUCGAAAUGUUCCUUUUUUCAACAGUUCAGACUUUCUUCUUCGUUUCAUCUUGCCUGUGUAUUUAAUCGUAAUUGUAUAUAUCACGUUUCAUAUGAAUACAAGACGGAUUAAGUACUUCUGUAGCAACAAUUCAGUGAAUUACCACAGAAUCUGACAUUGGUAUUUCUCUAAGCGUUUAUUUUUUCAUUUUUGUAAAAAAAAUGUCCAUCUAAACAAAGUUUGGUUUGGUUUGGUUUUGCUAUCACAAUCAAAACAUGUAUGUACAACUAACAUUGGGUUACCUCCCUUGCGGUACACCCUUGAGGUAUUACCUUCAGGUACUCAUGUAGAUCUAUACCUGUAGACACUGCAACAGCUUCAAAGAAUAACAUUCACUGCCCCUUACUUGCUUACGUUGAAUGAUGUUAGAAACACUGUCUGGUGAACAUUUGUAUGUCCGCUGUUGUGUACAACUGGGCCCACAUGCACAAAGCGAUCUUAACAGCCAUACUCCACCACAGGCUGAAGACAGACUAUUAUUGCUUUGUGCAAGUGGCCCCUGACUUCUAAGGAUGUAACUGGUUUUCUCUGGGGUUGACCCAACACCUGACCUUAAGGCACAGGGUCUUGUACUAGUUUGGGAAACACAAGCUUUCUGAUGCCGUUUGCACAGCCAAGACAUAGUUUAAACUUUUUUCACCCAUUAAAUUCUUAUCUUCAGUUUGCAGGUAUAUUAAGUUGGUGUAUGUCUCCUUCCAGGCAGGUUUUGCUUAAAAAUCCCUUAUAAUUUCACACACAUGCAGAGAUGUCAAUCAGGGUAAAUUGGUUUGUGAAUGUUUACCAAAAAAAAAUAAUAAUCUGAAAUUUCCUGUUUAACAAGUUAAAGGACACCCGCAAUUGGAAGGCUGUGUGUUGUAAUACUACCAGCCAUAAAAAAUUAACUAUAGUCGUAUGAAAAAAACGAGUGUUCUUUAACUUCCUUUAAAUGGUAUCUGAGUAAAAAAAUCAAUAGACAUGCAAGCUAUGUCCUGAUUACAAUGAAGUUUGGUUAUCUUUCAUAUAAUAGUUUGGGCAGAGUGGGUAAAGUGUUCACUCACAACAGCAGUCCAGGUUUGAUUCCUGAUAUGGGUACAACAUGUGAGGCCCAAUUUUGAAGAUUGACCCUUUUUCACUCAUGUUAUAGAAUGGUUCCAUUACCCAGGUGUUUAAACAUCAUUUAUCUGCAUGAAUUCACUCUUGGAUGCCAUUAUCCAAUUGGUUGACUUCUCAGUUAUGCCCCAACUUGAGGUAGCAUCCCCUACACUGCCCCAGUUGGGAUAGCCUGCCACAAGCACUCUAGGAUGCAGAUCUUGUAUACUGUCACUGCUGGGCCAUGCUUGUUAAUGCUGUAUGUUUUGUUGUUAAGGGUGAAAGGUUUUCAUUUCUGUUGUCUUUACCUGGUGCCAAUUGUUUGUGGUUUCUGCCAUUUGUGCAUGUACCUGUAAAUUCUCUCACAGGGGCAUGUUAGUGUCUUGUAGAUAAACAUCACAGGCUUGUACAGAUUGGGAGAAGAAUUCAUCCAUUUUAAUAAAAUAAGUAUACAAGUU